CCACCAUUGACCAUUGAAAUCCCAUAUCGAGAGACAAAGUCGCUCGUCGUUGCCUGUCGGAACACCCCUGCAGGCUAUGCGCUUCUGUAUGUAGGCAUUCACCGACAUUUGAAUGCCCAUAGCUUAAGCAUUCGAUAUACAACCUUUUUCUACCUGUCCGACGAUUCCAAUGCUUUAGGUACCUAAAAUUACAAACAUACCACCUGUAACUUGGAGGACAGUACACGUCAUCAGUAGAUUGCCAUAUCUCGGGGAUUUCCCUAUCUAAUCUGACCUCGUUAUCAUCAUGAGUGAACUUUUAAACUAUCUAGUACAGAACGACGAGAAUUUCCGGAGAGCCCGCCUCCCAGCCCUCUAUUCCGACUUCCGAUCACAGCGAACCCUCAACCCGGAUGGCUUCGCCGCCAACGUUGCAGCAUGGAAGCGCGGUCUCUCCUCCGCGGCCUUAGCCGGCCACGCUCCCUCCAAAUCCGCGACGCAUAACCACCUAACCCUCGAUCUCGAAAGCGAUGCCCUCUUACGCUCUCUCGAAAGCAAGCAAUUCGGGCGACCGCUCGCUCUAGGUACCGUGUUGCAGGAGGCCCUGGCGAGCGGGGAGAUGAUGCCGCUGCAACAGUUCCUCAAGGCGAAGGAGAGCAUAUACCAUCGAUCGUGGAGUAGUCUUCCGUGGUCGGUUAUAUCGUGGGGACUUCGACAGGUCGGGAUCGGUGGGCCGGGCGAUAACUUGCCCAAAGGCCAAUUUGUUAUAUUGCAUAACCUGGAAGUGGUAUCAAAGACAUUUGGCGAAGCGACCGCAGACCGCACGUCGCCUUUCGAGCGGACUUUUUCAAAAACACAUUUCCAACGGACGUUUGCGGAGGGCCUGCUCGAGAAACAGCAGCGGCUAUCGGAGAUAGAUCUGGAAGUGCUAGUGACGUUUCUUUCGAGAGACAAGAAUAUGCUAGCUACUGAUGGAAACACAGUUAAGAUCCGGAGCGGUAGUGAGGAUGUGAUCAUCACUCAUGAGGACUCGGCGAUUGCGUCCCUGAAGGAACUUAUGGAGGACCUGACGCGACAGACCGAGGUGCUGAGCCGGCGCGUCGACGAGUUAAACGUCGCUGCCCAGGACGCUGUCCGGAGAAAGAACAAGAUCGCUGCGCUUGCGGCCCUUAAGUCGAAGAAGUUAGCUGAGACAAACCUGUCGCGACGGCAUGAUACGCUUAGCCAAUUGGAAGAUGUGGCGGCGAAGAUCGAGCAGGCUGCCGACAAUGUUCAGCUAGUGAGGGUGAUGCAGUCGAGCACAGUAGCCCUGCGCAGCCUAAACGCGCAAGUCGGCGGUGCCGACAAAGUCGACGAGGUACUGGAGAAUCUCCGGGAACAGAUGGGCGAAGUAGACGAGGUAGGCAAUAUCAUCGCCGAGGCCGGCCCCGGAGCCACCGUCGACGAAGCAGAAGUCGACGACGAAUUCGAGGCCAUGCUGGCGGAAGAGCGGAAGAAAGACGAAGAAGCCGAGAGGAUCAAGCGCGAAGCACAGGAACAGAAGGAGGCCGAGGAGACGAGACGCAAGCUCGCCGAACUGGAGAAACUGGGUCCCUUGCCUGUGCCGGGACAAGAAGGAGAGAAGGCUUCGAAGCCUCUUACGCCUGUUACGGCUACGGCUAAUGAGCUGGGAAACAUGCAAAUAUGAAGCAAUAGCAAGCCAGAAGAGGCAGCAACCCGUAUAAUAUUUACUCGCUACGCGAACACCUGAUAUGAUAGAUCUUUCCCUUGAACGUUCGAGGUAAUAUAAUAUUAGCAAUUAUAUCAUGA